UAAACCCCUUUUAUUCUAGCGAAGUAUUUUUUCACCAAACGGAGUGCGUUCCCAAGGACAAACAGCUAAUAAAAUGAUGACACAAAAGAAAUUCGUUGGUUGUAUUUUGACAUCGGCGUUGCUGUGCUUGUGGUUGGUCUCCUACGCUGAGUGUGCUCCCAUGCCAAGGUAUCAAAGUAAUGGAUACUACAAUGAAUUGGAAGAAGUACCGGAUGACAUACUAAUGGAAUUAAUGGCACGUUUUGGACAAACUAUAAUGAGAGCUCGCAAUGAUUUGGAAAACUCUAAACGUACCGUUGACUUUGGUUUAGCACGCGGCUAUUCCGGCACCCAGGAAGCGAAACAUCGCAUGGGUCUGGCUGCUGCCAAUUUCCCCGGUGGUCCAGGCCGAAGGAGACGUUCGGAAACCGAAGCUUAAGUUAAUGAAAAGACACAGUCUAUUUUAGCAGCAGCUCCUCAACCCAGCAAACGAUUAAGCCCACACUAAACAAUAAAAUUGAAGUAAAACAAACACGAAAACGUCCCAGCGCUUAGAAAAACUUAAAAAAAACAUAGAAUAAAAAGCAGAUACAAACAAAAAAAAAAAAAAAACAAUUGGAAUGAUGUCUAGAUUUUAAUCUAACAAAAAAUUGUAUUAAUUUUAGUUUCAUUUAUUUAAAUUAUUAGAGUAAAAUUGUGUAUAUAAAAAUUAAUUUAAAUAAAAGUAUAUAUUUGAAAAAGAAAAUUACACACAAAAUUUAAAGAACUAAACUGCACAAAAAUCAAAUGUUAAACAGUUGCUCCAAAAAAAAUAAAAAAAUAAUCUUUACAAAACACUAUUUAUUUAUUUAGAGAAAAUAUAUAUAAA